AUGGUGUGGGGCCUCGGGGGCGGCGGCGGCGACCUUUUUCUAGUUAAGAGUAAAAAAUACUGCUACAGAGGGCCGCGCGGGGGCCUGCGGGGCAGAGGCGGCUGCGGGGGCCGCGCGGGGGCCUGCGGGGCCGAGGCGGCCGCGGGCCCGGGGGCCACGCUCCCGAGGCGGCACAGGCGGCACAGGCGGCCGCGCGAGCGCGAGGUGGCGGGGGCCGUGGGGGGAGCCGCGCGGGGCCGCGGCGCGGCGGCGGGGAUGGCGAGGGCGAUGGGCCGGGGGGCUCAGUCUCCAUCCCUAUCCCCUCCCUCUCUCUCUUCCAUCCACGGGCACAGGGAGCAGCAGGCACUCGAGCUCGGUCGGGCGGCUGGCGGCAGCGCUGCUGUAAGCAGCAGCGGGCGGGCCGCGGCGCCGGGCGGCGGCUCGCGGCGCGCGGGACGCGCGGCUGGCGAGCAGCCCCUGGCGGCGUCCAGCGGCUCUGGCGCGCGGCUUGGCCGGCGGCUGGCGGCAGCGGCGCGCUGGGCGUUGGGGCGGCCGCGGCUCGGCGCGGUCCGGGUGGCGCAAGCACGGGCGGUCCAGGCGCAGCGCGUGCAGGCGGGCAGAGCGCGGGCGGCCGCAGGUGUGGGGCGCGGCUGCGGCUUGGCGGCGCAGGAGGCGCGCAGCGCGGGGAGUGAGCCGGAGCGGCGGAACGCGGCGCCAGGUCGGGGUGGAGGCACGGCCCAGGCGGAGGCGCAGCGGCAGCAGGCGGGCCCAGGCGGGGCGGCGCUGCGCGAGGAGGCACAGUGCGAGGCGCGCGGUCAGGCCGAGCGGCGGGCGGCCCGGCAAGGCGGCGGCCGCGGCCGCAGCUCGGCGUGGCUCGUGGCAGGGGGCGCCGAGUGGUGCAGGCACACGAGCAGCAGGCGUGUGCGGGAGCAGCAGGCACUCGAGCUCGGUCGGGCGGCUGGCGGCAGCGCUGCUGUAAGCAGCAGCGGGCGGGCCGCGGCGCCGGGCGGCGGCUCGCGGCGCGCGGGACGCGCGGCUGGCGAGCAGCCCCUGGCGGCGUCCAGCGGCUCUGGCGCGCGGCUUGGCCGGCGGCUGGCGGCAGCGGCGCGCUGGGCGUUGGGGCGGCCGCGGCUCGGCGCGGUCCGGGUGGCGCAAGCACGGGCGGUCCAGGCGCAGCGCGUGCAGGCGGGCAGAGCGCGGGCGGCCGCAGGUGUGGGGCGCGGCUGCGGCUUGGCGGCGCAGGAGGCGCGCAGCGCGGGGAGUGAGCCGGAGCGGCGGAACGCGGCGCCAGGUCGGGGUGGAGGCACGGCCCAGGCGGAGGCGCAGCGGCAGCAGGCGGGCCCAGGCGGGGCGGCGCUGCGCGAGGAGGCACGGUGCGAGGCGCGCGGUCAGGCCGAGCGGCGGGCGGCCCGGCAAGGCGGCGGCCGCGGCCGCAGCUCGGCGUGGCUCGUGGCAGGGGGCGCCGAGUGGUGCAGGCACACGAGCAGCAGGCGUGUGCGGUAA